AUGGCGAGUGGUUACGAUAUGAAGGCAGUCAAGGCCCAGCUCGAGCAGUAUACGCCUCCUAGCAGUAGAGGUAUUCCAGUAACCGAAUUCGUUAUCUUCAAACUCCUACCAGAGUUCAUAUCACAGGAUUCAGACACCCUACUCAACAAGAUCAGAGACGAUUUCGCCAAGCCCAGCGCUUCUGGCGACGGUAUCCGUUUAGUCUCAUACGGUCGCGGAGUUGAUGACGCAUCUUCCGUAAUUCUAGGUUUCGACUGGCGAAAGAUUGAGGACCACUGGGACUUCUGGCUCACACCAGCUUUCGAGCCCGUCAGCAAUACCAUCCAGACUCUGUUCGAGCCAGGGAUGCCACUGGUGAAGCACUACAAGUUCGACCAACCUGGAAUGUUGCGGGACGCUGCGCAGCGGGUCGUGAUCUGGAAGGCUGGGGCAGGCAAGGAGAAUCCAAGCAAUGACGUCGAUGUGAAGAGCGGAUCGGGGAGUGUCAAGUAUGGAUGGGCAGUGGAUGCUGGCGAGGUUGAUUGGUAUAUCGUUACUGUGGGAUAUGCUGAUGAGAGCAAAGCGGUCAAUGACCAGGUGACUGUGCCUGACGAUGCGACGAACAUCGUGUUCAAGAUGAAUUUCAUCGAGGGUGAGAAGAAGGACACCUUCGAGUAG